AUGUCAGUAUUAGAUCACCCAAUAGAAUUCCUCCCAACUUCAAUUGAUAAAGAUAAAUAUGAAAAUAUUCAGAUGCCUAAGAGGAGAUUGAAGAGGCUUUCCUUGUUGAGUGGUGGGAGUAGUGGUGGGAGUAGUGGUAUAGCGAGUACCAGUGCUCGUACUAGUGCCAGCACCACCAAACACAAACCAAGUACAAGCACAAGCACAAGCACAGAUGCGGAAUCACUCAUAAGUUUAUCACGUCCAAGUAACGACAGCAGUAACGCACCAAUAACUCAACCAAUGACACUAUUCGAUCAACACGCUCCACUUUUAUCUCGAAUAGCGCAUAAGGAGACAAUCAUUAAUGAUUUACAAGAUGAGCUCGAUAUGCACACAGUUGAACUUAAAAGAUUGCGUAAAGAUUGGCGUAGAGUUGUUAGAAAUCAAAAGCGAGAUAAUUUGGAUGAAUUGGGGCACCCUGUUUACACAGAUCACUCAGAGGAACCAACUCCGACCACUCAAACCCCACAACCAAACGCUUACUUGCAACAUUCUGUCGAUUUGCUCGUUGAUGGCGUAGGCGCUUUUUGGGAUACACUUCGCAGUGGACCUGGACUCCAACCGAAUGGCAGAUGA